CCUCUCGCCGGCAAAGAAUUCCACCUUUGCGCAUCAUUCCCUUCCACUCUUUGCUAGAGAUGGAGGUCACUCAAGCAAACGAGAAGGGUGUAACCCCGGAACAAGACAUCAAGAAGAAUGAGGAAACAAAAGUUCAGACCGAGCCUUCCCCAGAGGUCACGUUCGAUGUCGAAGAAGUCCAGACACCAAUAAUCUAUUCGAAGUCCUCUAUCGGGUUCAUGGUGCUCUUUUCUGGCCUCGCCAUCGGUUCAGACGCUUAUAACAGUGCUUUAAUGGGCCAGUUGCUGCUACUUUUGACUCUCAUUUACCCCGAGAGCCUGGAUGUAGCUACGCAAGCGCAACUGACGAAUGCCUUCAUCAUAGGUCUGAUUCUUGGAAUGCUUGCUUUCGGCUUUGUCAGUGAUCGCCUUGGUCGCAAGGCAGGUGCUGUUCUUACGACCCUGUUUCUCUCAAUCGGAAUCAUCAUGACAGCUGUUUCCCACGGGAAAAACGACAAAGGCAUGUUCUGGAUGUUGACCAUUUCUCGAGGAAUCGCAGGUUUUGGUGCUGGCGGUGAAUACCCUGUCUCUGGCGCCGGAACAGCCGAAUCAACAGAUGACAACGCUCGCGCAAGACAGCACCGUGGCUUUAUCUUUGCAAUGGUUUCCGACGUGUCUGCCUCCCUCGGUUUCGUAUUCUCAGGUCUGGUUCCGCUUCUUUUAUUGCUCUGUUUCAAACAACAGGAGUCGCAAUACGAGAAUGUUUGGAGAAUUGCGUUCGCUUUGGGUAUCAUUCCACCUGUAUCCAUCUUCUGGUUUAGAUAUCGCAUGGCAAUGUCUUCGGCCGAACGCCGGAACUCGUCACGGAAGGCUAUCUUGCCAUACCACCUCGCCUUCAAGAGAUACUGGCGACCGCUACUAGGAUCUGCUCUCGCAUGGUUCAUAUACAAUUACGUAGCCUAUCCGUUUGGCCUUUUUUCAAGUCAAAUUCUGGCCAGCGUCAAUGCCGGAGACAGUCUUGUGAAAAGUUAUGGUUGGGGCACACUCGUCAAUUGUUUUUACAUCCCUGGAGGUUUCAUUGGGGGUUAUCUUUCCGACAAAAUUGGAAGAAGACGAACAAUGGCUCUAGGUUUCGGGCUACAAGCGGCGCUUGGAUUCGUCAUCGGAGGCGCUCUUGAACAUAUUCAAAAGCACACUGGCUUGUUCAUAGUCUUGUACGGACUAUUUCUGACCCUAGGCGAAGUGGGUCCAGGAGCCACGAUUGUAGCAACAUCCUCCGAGUUCUUCCCCACCUCUAUCCGUGGGCAAAUGCUUGGUCUUUGUGCCGCUCUCAGUAAAGCCGGUGCCGCUAUCGGCACCAGUGUCUUCAAGCCUAUUCUCGCAUCUUACGGCGAUGACACGUUCCGAGGAAACCAGGCAGUUUUCCUCAUAGGAUCUGGAUUCUCUGUUCUCGGAAUGUUGGUGGCAUGGUUUCUCAUCCCGUCGCAACCACCGAACCUGCAGGAAGAGGACGAGAACUGGAAGGUCUAUCUUCGGGACGCGGGCUACGAGAUCGAAUGGGGCGAUUCUACAGCUAAGGACCCGGCCAAGGUCAAGUUUGAUGCGGUAAGGGACAAGGUAAUGUGA